CGAGCACGAUAAUACAAAGCUAACACGGCUUUGGUUAUCGCAUUGAGCUUGCACGGGAGAUGCAACACUCAAAACGCGAGUAAGCAUAUGUACGAUUCCACAAGUGGCCGAGCUUUUUCUGGCCCCGUCCGACGGCAGAAGUAGAGUUUGGCUACCUGCCUCACCACUGACCUGCGCAACUAUAAAUUAGAGCUCGCUGUGAGGUGACGAGAGUAAAGCGCGCCAGUGUGAGCAAGUUUCGUUGAGUAAACACCCAACAGCGCAGGAGGAUACAUUACAACAAACUUAGGGCACAACAAUUACCUGAUAUCAUUUCACAUACAAGACAAGGGCGCUAGCGUGAGCCGCGCAAGCGCCGGGGCCCCUUCAUUGCCCUCCGAGCAGACAUCAGUACCAGCAGUUAUCGGCAUGCUAUAUCACCGCGCGGGACAGUCGAGUUCUUGAGGAAUGAUACGCGGGUGGACAGCGCGGGCCACUGCGGCGCUUCUUCUGUUAAGCGCCUUCGGCCUCGCUGUCGGAGCGGCGUCAGGUCCAGAUGACCAGGCCUUCAAUUUAAGGACAUCUUGGUUCUCCGGCAGGAAGCGUAAGUUAUGUCUUUUAAACUGGGCCUUCGAAGCGUGCUGGGAAGAAAAGCACUUUUCGCACCUCACCCAACAUGUCGCUCUAAACCGGUGAAGAGGCUGCUGAGUCCCGUGCUCGCUGUAAUGACAUGAUGACCAGGGGUGAUUGACAAACAUUUCCUUGGAUGACGCCUGCAGUCACGCAAAGUCUUCCGCCGGUUUGUGUGCACAACACAACGGAUUUCACGCAAGUAUUUCCGCCAGAUGCCACCGGACCGGCGGACACUUGUGUCGACCAGGCGGCUUGCUUGGAUAUCUACUAUGACACGAGCACGUGCAAGACCACCGGCGGCUAUCUGUACUGCCAGGUCUGCAUCUUCUGGAAUCAGGGCCGGUACAACCGCUGCCCGAAGGAUGUGACUAAUACACUCUCGCACACGUGCAGAGGUGAUGAGCUCGACCCCGGCAUCACAGCUUUCGGCGGCGCACCUCAAGCGCAAGGCGGAGACACAGCAAAGCUGAAUGGCUGGCCGUCUGGAGUCGCCAACCGCUACUGCCAGUGGGUGCGCUGGCUCGGCGAGGACACUAACCCAGUGAAUGUCAGGUUCACGGUCAAGGACGGCUCGCAAUCAUGCGGCACGGCCACGGGCAACUUCAAAAUCAACGGCAUGACUGCCACCUGCCAGCCGCCCCGCACCCUGAGCAGCGGCGCCAUUGCCGGAUGCGGCAGGGGUGACCAGGCCAACGAGUGCCUGUGGACGUUCUCGGUGCCGCGCAUUCCCGUGUGCAACACCAAGUCGCCGCCGCCGCCGCCCCCGCGGCCGCCGCCGCCGCCCACCGCGCUGCGCCCGCCCAACAACAAGGGCGGCUAUGCAUGCGUCAGCAGCGACGAUGCCGACGACGCAGGCCACUGCCAGGGCACCGCCUGCGGCAGUCUCUACAUCAACAUGAUCCGCAAGGCGCUGGACCUGGCGCCCAUUGACGCCGACGGCAUCCUGGCUGUGGGCAGCUUCACCAACGGCACGAGCGCCCGCAGCUCGCUGGAGGAGUGGGUGAAGGCCGCCGGCGUGUCGGUGUCCAAGAUCACGUACGCCGACACGGCCGCCAAGGUGGCCGCCGCCAACCUCACCGCCUUCAAGCUGCUGUACGUGCCUAGCAGCUACCUGCAGACCAACGGCGGCAUCACGGACGCGCUGAACGACGCGCUGAUCGCCAUAAAGGGCAAGAUCGCGGACUUUGUCAACCUACGCGGCGGCUCAAUGAUUGUGCUGGCGCAGCAGGGCCUGCUCAACGGCAAGUCGUACGGCUUCUUCCCCACCAACUUCACCUACGUGGAGACGGACUUUUACGACUCGAACAACCAGCCCGAGAUGGAGCUGGUGUCGCCCUCCACAGACAACGUCAACAUCGACCAUCGCUUCUGGCACGGCUACUUCACGGGGCCCCAGGACUGGAACGGCCUGCGUGUGGUGUCGUACGUGGCGAACCAGUGCCCCACACCCCAGGGCAGGGGCCAGAAGUGCAAUGCCACGGUGCUGUGCAACCUCAAGACCUUCCUGACAAAGGAGAACUGCUACAACAACAUUGACGACGACGGUGACGGCUUGAUCGACAAGGCAGACCCGGAUUGCAUCCGCUGCGGUGAUGGCAUUGUGGACCCGGGCGAGGACUGCGAUGACGGCAACAUGCUGGAUGGCGACGGCUGCAGCUCGGUGUGCAAGUUCCAGGCCUUUGCGCCGCCGCUGCGUGCCCCUCCCCCGCCCUUCAUGGAGUCAAACGACCCCGACCUCGACUACUGCUACCAGAGCAGCAACGCCGGAUGCGCCACGUGCGCCGGAGCCUGCGAGACGGUGGACGGCUUCUGGGGCUCUGCUCGCGCCUGCAAGCUCCCCAAGAAGCUCAAGGGCGGACUGCCGGACGCCAACGUUUGCAAGAACGACAUGGGCGGGCUGGCGGUGCGGGUCGAGGACCUGUACGUCACCGACAACGCGGGAGCGGUCAGCAGCAUCGUGGGCCAGGUGCACAUGUUCCGCACCACGGGCGGCAUCCUGACCGCCACCGUGCGCAUGGGCUGCCCCCAGCUGCUGUACUCGGACGCGUCCAACACCACCGACAUCAACCAGUUCAUGCUGGUGUCCUACACUGCGGGAGGCCGCUUCGUGUCCAAGACCGUGCCCAUGGUCCGUCCCGACGUGGGCAAGAAGCGCUACGCCUGCUACAGUUUCGAGUACGACAUGAACGAGAUCGUGCCGGGCAUUGGCUGCACCCUGGUGGACAUGGAUGUGCGCAUCACGGUGCGCUCAUCCUUCACCACCUCCAUGGUGGGCUCCACCACCUGCAGCAGCGCACCGGACAAGCUGUCGCAGACCACCACCAUGACUGAGCGCACCUCUUUCCUGGUGGCUCCCCAGCUGCCGCCAGACAUGCCGCCCAGCCCGCAGCCGCCCUCGCCGCCGCCGCCUCGGCCGCCGAGUCCUCCUCCGCCGCCGCCGCCGCCGAGCCCCAGCCCGCCGUCGCCCCCACCCCCCAGCCCGUCGCCCCCGCUGCCGCCCAGCCCGCCGCCGCCCAGCCCGCCGCCUCCGCCGCCGCCGUCGCCACCGCCGCCGCCGCCGCCGAGCCCACCGCCCCCGUCGCCGAAGCCGCCCAGCCCUCUGCCACCCAGCCCGCCGCCUCCGCCGCCGCCGUCGCCGCCGCCGCCGAGCCCUCCUCCUCCCUCGCCACCUCCUCCCAACCCACCUCCUCCUCAGCCACCUAGCCCGCUGCCUCCGGCGCCCAGCCCGCCGCCGCCGAGCCCUGCGCCGCCUCUGCCGCCGUCACCCAAGCCUCCGGCGCCUCCGAGCCCCGCGCCACCCAGCCCAGGACCGUCGCCUCCUCCCCCUUCGCCCAUUCCUCCUAGCCCCGUGCCGCCCAGCCCGGCGCCACCGCUCCCGCCCCCUCCGUCGCCGCCCCCUCCUUCCCCUCCCCCUCCCAGCCCCCCUCCCCCCAACCCCCCUCCUCCCCCGCCUCCAUCGCCCGUGCCGCCGUCUCCUAAGCCGCCGUCUCCGCCCCCGUCCCCGGUUCCCCCGUCGCCGGCGCCUCCCAGCCCGAAGCCGCCGCUGCCCCCCGUGCCGCCGAGCCCGGCUCCCCCGGCCCCGCCCAGCCCGGGGCCGCCUUCGCCUGUGCCGCCUAGCCCGGAGCCACCCAGCCCUGCGCCACCCAGCCCCAAGCCGCCGCUGCCGCCGUCACCAAGGCCGCCGAGCCCGAAGCCUCCUUCACCGGCGCCUCCGGGGCCCCCGCCUUCGCCUGUGCCGCCCAGCCCAGAGCCGCCCAGCCCCGCUCCUCCCUUCCCUCCCUCGCCGCCCCUGUUCCCAGUGCCACCCUCGCCGGCCCCGCCGCCGCUGCCUCCUGUGCCCCCGAGCCCUGCGCCUCCCGGCCCCCCUCCUCCUUCCCCUCCUCCUCCUUCACCUCCUCCUCCCUCUCCCCCACCUCCGAACCCGCCGCCUCCCCCGCCGCCUUCGCCGGAGCCGCCCAGCCCCAAGCCGCCCAGCCCGCCGCCACCUCCUUCGCCGGAGCCGCCGCUGCCCCCGAGCCCGCCGCCGCCGAGCCCCGUCCCUCCUUCUCCCGAGCCGCCGGUGCCGCCGAGCCCCGCGCCUCCGAGCCCACCUCCUCCCCCGCCUCCUUCCCCGGAGCCGCCCAGCCCCAAGCCGCCGUCGCCUCCGCCUCCGCCGUCGCCGCAGCCGCCGUUGCCGCCGAGCCCGCCGCCGCCGAGCCCCGCCCCUCCGUCGCCUGAGCCUCCGGUGCCGCCGAGCCCCGCGCCUCCGAGCCCCCCUCCCCCUUCACCUCCACCGCCUUCCCCUCCCCCUCCCUCUCCGCCUCCUCCUAACCCGCCUCCCCCUCCCCCGCCUUCGCCGGAGCCGCCGUCACCGAAGCCGCCCAGUCCGCCGCCGCCGCCCUCGCCUGAGCCGCCGCUGCCGCCGAGCCCGAAGCCUCCGCUGCCUCCCAGCCCUGCUCCGCCGCUGCCUCCCAGCCCUGACCCGCCUAGCCCGGAGCCGCCCAGCCCGGAGCCGCCCAGCCCCGGGCCUCCGCGGCCUCCUUCGCCUCGGCCCCCGAGCCCAGAGCCGCCCAGCCCCAAGCCGCCUGUGCCGCCUGUGCCGCCCAGCCCGGCACCGCCCUCCCCUCGCCCUCCCUCCCCCAACCCUCCCAGCCCUCGCCCUCCCAGCCCCAUGCCACCGUCGCCUCCUCCGCCUCCUUCCCCAGAGCCACCUUCCCCUGAGCCGCCCAGCCCUGAGCCGCCCAGCCCGGCGCCGCCCAGCCCUGAGCCGCCGCUGCCUCCGAGCCCGGCGCCCCCCAGGCCUCCGAGCCCGCGGCCGCCCAGCCCCAUCCCCCCUUCGCCGGCUCCUCCCUCCCCGGAGCCACCGAGCCCUGAGCCCCCAUUCCCACCCUCGCCUCCCCUCUUCCCCGUGCCCCCCAGCCCACCUAGCCCGCCCUCACCCCCCAAGCCGCCGGUGCCCCCCAGCCCAGCGCCGCCAAGCCCGCCGCCUCCCAGCCCGGUGCCUCCCAGCCCUGAGCCGCCCAGCCCUGAGCCACCGCUGCCGCCCAGCCCUCGCCCGCCGACUCCUCCCAGCCCCUCGCCGCCGUCGCCGCGCCCGCCCAGCCCGCGUCCCCCCAUCCCGCCGAGCCCCGCGCCUCCCAGCCCGGCGCCGCCGUCGCCUGAGCCGCCGCUGCCGCCCAGCCCCGAGCCGCCCAGCCCUGAGCCGCCAAGCCCGACGCCCCCGGCACCGCCUUCGCCUGAGCCCCCCAGCCCGGAGCCACCCUCGCCCGAGCCGCCGAGCCCGCGGCCGCCCAGCCCCAAACCACCUUCACCCAUGCCUCCUAGUCCCAAACCUCCUAGCCCGGCACCCCCCAGUCCUCUGCCCCCGAGCCCGCCCCCGCCGAGCCCGGAGCCGCCGUCACCUGAGCCGCCGGUGCCCCCCAGCCCGGAGCCUCCGAGCCCCCCGCCUCCCAGCCCGGUGCCUCCCAGCCCUCCUCCUCCCUCUCCCCCACCUCCGAACCCGCCGCCUCCGCCGCCACCGUCGCCGGAGCCGCCCAGCCCCAAGCCGCCGUCGCCUCCGCCUCCGCCGUCGCCCGGCCCUCCCAGUCCACCCUCGCCUGCUCCCCCGUCGCCCGCCCCGCCGUCACCUGAGCCGCCUGUGCCGCCGAGCCCCGCGCCUCCGAGCCCACCUCCUCCCCCGCCUCCUUCCCCGGAGCCGCCUAGCCCCAGGCCGCCCUCUCUGCCACCUCCACCGUCGCCGUCUCCCCCUGUGCCGCCCAGCCCGGUGCCUCCCUCGCCGCCGCCGCCCUCUCCCGAGCCGCCCAGCCCGGAGCCGCCCACCCCUCCGCCGCCCUCCCCUCCUCCUCCCAGCCCUCCGCCCCCAUCACCUCCUCCUCCCAACCCUCCGCCACCCCCUCCCUCGCCCGAGCCGCCGCUGCCGCCUCCUCCUUCGCCCCAGCCUCCGCUACCCCCCAGCCCUCCGCUGUUCCCAGUGCCUCCCAACCCGCCCAGCCCGCCCAUGCCGCCGGCUCCUCCCUCGCCCGUGCCUCCCAGCCCGCCGCCUGUGCCGCCCAGCCCCGAGCCGCCGGCCCCACCGAGCCCAGAGCCUCCCAGCCCAGAGCCUCCCUCACCUGCGCCUCCCAGCCCGGCCCCUCCUUCCCCUCACCCGCCCAGCCCUCGCCCGCCGAGCCCUGUGCCGCCCAGCCCGCCGCCGCCCAGCCCGGAGCCGCCUGUGCCUCCCUCGCCUGAGCCGCCGCUGCCGCCCAGCCCCGCUCCGCCCACACCGCCGAGCCCUGAGCCGCCGCUGCCGCCCAGUCCGCCUCCUCCCAACCCUCCUCCUCCGUCUCCUCCCCCGCCAAACCCGCCCCCUCCCCCGCCCUCUCCGGAGCCGCCGAGCCCGCCUCCCCCUUCUCCUCCGCCACCCACUCCGCCGCUGCCGCCCAGCCCUGCGCCGCCGCAGCCUCCCUCGCCGGAGCCCAGCCCGCCGCCGCUGCCGCCCAGCCCUCGUCCCCCUUCGCCCGCGCCUCCCAGCCCCGAGCCGCCUGCGCCCCCUCCGCCGUCGCCUCCUCCUCCCAACCCCCCUCCCCCGUCGCCUCCUCCCCCUUUCCCCCCGCCGCCCGGCCCGCCUCCUCCCUCGCCCCCUCCUCCUUCGCCACCCCCUCCUCCCUCGCCCACACCACCCAGCCCUGAGCCGCCGCUGCCGCCCAGCCCUACUCCCCCCACGCCUCCCUCCCCGCCCCCUCCUCCCUCGCCGGCGCCUCCCAGCCCUGAGCCGCCCUCGCCCUCCCCUCCCCCUCCCUCUCCCCCUCCUCCCAGCCCCUCUCCUCCCUCGCCUCCGGAUGCGCCUCCCCCCAGCCCCGAGCCCUCCAGCCCCCCUCCCUCCGCGCCCCCUCCUCCCAGCCCCCCUCUGCCCCCCAUCUCGUCCUCGUGCGACUGCGCCACCAAGCUGUUUGCGCCCACCAACGGCGCCUGCCCCGACAACCACGUCAUUCUGAACUUCAAGGCCGGCAACGCCGACCGCUUCGAUACCACCACGCCCGUGCGCGCGUGCGUGCCGCGCCUGGGGUCCAACGACGACAACACCAUGUAUACCUUCGCCUUCUGCUGGAGCACCAGCUGCCCGGUGCUGUCGCCCCUGACGGAGGCCAUGUCCACUGUGGGCCUGCGCAUCUACGUGGACCAGAUGUCGGUGCUGCCUGCGGUGGCCGACCGCCUCGCCGACAAGGCCGUGGUGUUUACGAACCUGCACCCAACCUGCGCGGCGCCCACCUCGACGCUCACACUGCUCAACGGGCUGGGCACCUACAAGAUUGAGGCCUCGCAGUCGCUGCGCCAGAUCCCCGCGCCCGGCCUGGACACUCUGGACGUGGAUGUGCAGGCCGCCAGGAACUGCGACAACGAGUGGGUUAUGGUCGCCAUGGUGCCGGUACACGACAUCGGCGCCGACGUGCCGGCGCCGCCGCCCGCCGCCUGCCCCUGCUGGCAGCGCACCUACGACGGCACCUGCCCCGGCAUCAAGGUGCCCAUCACGCUCUCCAUCGAGGGCGCGGUGGACCCGCACCUGUUCCCGCCCUCCACCACCAACACCACCAUCCAGCAGUGCAUCGACCCCGCCAACUUCGACGUCUACACCGGCCGCAUGGCCUACAGCUUCUGCUGGCGCUACGCCUGCCUGCCGCCCGUGUUUGCAAGCUACCCCUUCCGCGCCGUCUGCAAGGACCUGGAGCGAUGGAACAUUGCCAAGAUGGAGGGCGAGUUCCUCCUCCAGCUGCAGCGCACCGAGGGGCUGGAGAUGUUUGUGGAGGGCAAGACCAAGGACCCGGUCCUGGCGGGCAUGGCGGUGGUCAACUACACACGCAAUGACGACCUGACCUUCAUCUCCAUCCCGGCCGGCGGCGUUGGCAACAUGACCUUCACCUACGUGAUCCCGCCCGGCUUCGACGACCUGUCCGCCGCCGUGGUCAUGGACUCCAAGCCGCGCCCGCCGCCGCCGCCCUCGCCGCCCAGCACGCGCCUCACCACCUGCGCCUGCCCGCUCACGCCGCCCGACACCGUGGGCGCCCCGGACGCGAUCACGUGCAACGGCACCUACGCCACCAUGACUGCCCGCAUCGCCAACGCCUCCACGCCUGAGGAGCAGGCGGCCAUUGCCUACCAGUGCGUGCCCUGGCCCAACUACGACAUCUUCAUGAAGGAGCUGGCGUGGAGCCACUGCUGGCGCUACGACUGCCUGCCCUCCAUCUUCUUCGGCAAGCCCUACACCCUGGUCAUUGACCGCGUCACCAAGCACAACAUCGCGGACAUUCCCGCCGCCGGCUAUGAGCUGAUCACCUUCCCGGCGCCGUACGGCAUGACCAUGAACGUGGUCUUGUACGGCGCUGCCGACGGCGCCGCCAUGGAGUACAACAGCACUCAGGGCGGUCUGGUGGUGAACGGGCGGCUGCAGGUCAUCCAGGUUCCCAAGCUGCAGUCCCUCACCGUCCAGCUCAACGUUCCGAACAUCUAUGGCGUCGACGGCAUGGCCGCAGCGGUGAUGCUGCGCUACAUCGAGGGCAGUGAGAUGCCACUGCCGCCGCGCCCGCCCAGCCCGCCGCCCGCGCCGCCGUCGCCGCCGCCCAUGCCCGAGGGCGUGCCACGUGUGCUCAUCACCACUGACUUCAUGGUGACUGCCAAGGUCCCCGUGGAGACCCUCAUCAACAGCAGCGCCACCAUCACCCACAGUGGCUACUACGUCACUGUGCCCAUCCAGUACUACAGCUUCGAGCAACUGACGGACUGCUCGGACGCCUCUGUGGCGGCCUACAAGCAGCUGGUGGCCACCACGCUGGGCCUGAACGACACCUCCACCAUCACCGUCUCGUGCCGCUUCGCCACCAACACCGCCGGCCAGGCCAUCGCUCGCCGCCUCAUGGCCGCCGCCACCUGGGUUAUGGAGUCGCUGGGCCUGCGCUCGCAGCCCGGGCCCCUGGAGCGCGUGCGGCGCCAGCUGCAGACCGGCACGGGUGCCGGCGCCAGCGGCGACGCCAAGCUGGACGUGACGCUGACGUACGGCGCUCCCAAGACCGUCAACCCCGCGGACAGCGCCACCACCAACUGCGGCGUUAUGAUGACGGCGUGGGGCGCCAGCUGCGAUGCCAGUAAGGUCCGCGCCGCGACCCGCGUCACCAUUCGCAGCGAGAAGGCCGACACCAGCCAGAGCGCCGUGGCCUCUGCCUGCAGCUCCGCCGCCGCCGAGGGCACCGCCGCGCUGCUGGCGGCGUCGCCCACUCUGUCGCUCAACGAUCUUGAGACCAUGGCCUGCCAGACCGCUAUUGUAACCACCUCCGGAACCAGCAGCAACGGUAACGGUAACGGCAACGGCGGCAACGGCAACGCACUGCCGCCGCCGCCGCCGGCUGGCGCCGCGAACCCGCCUGGCGCGAGCGGGAUGUCGCCGGGCGCGAUUGCGGGCAUUGUCAUCGGCAGCGUUGCUGGCGUGGUGAUCGUUGGCUUUGUGGCGCUGGCCGCGAAGAACAAGAUCCAACAGAGCCGCAGCGGGACCCAGUUUGUGGAUCCCAACAGCGGCCGCCCCGGAGCGCGCCGCUGGCGGACAUACUCCAUGCAGGAGCGGGCCGAGGAGGCCGUCCGUGGCUCCAGGCCCGUCGCGGGCGUGUCAGUCUACACCUAAGCAGCUACGCUGCCGGAGGCUCCGACAGGCCGCCGCCUGCGGAGCGAGUCAGGGUUUGCUGUCAAGGCGAGGGUGCGGAAGGAUGGUUUGCUUGCAGCGGCGGCCCGGCGUGCGUGCGCCGGCCCCGCUGGCGGCGGGCGACACGCUGAGAUGUAUGCGUGUGCAUUCAUGCGUCAGGAUCUAUCUAUGUCUCAAUGCCGUUGCCAAGCUUCGCGGCUAACGCGUGUUGAGAGUUCGGGAUCCGGUUUAACGCCAAAAGUUUAUUGUUCAGUCUUGCAAGCUUAUUGCAUCACGUAUAGUCUUUACAGAUAACACGCGUUGAACUCUGUACAUUCGUCAGCGUGUGGACGUCGGCAUGUCGUACAUGGUGUGCGUGUGGGGGGAGACGAGCAGUUGCUUUGGUGGCGUCUGCCGAAACGCAGUUUGCCACGGGUGUGCAUUGACUGUUGGCGUGCGUUGCUUCAGUUGCGUGCAGGUUUGCAACCAGCGAACUUAACGGCCGCGGGUGUGUCUUUCGCUGCUGCGCGCAUGUUAGUACUUGCGCUUGCGCUUGUACAAUUCAUUACGCCCUGGCCCUCGUGGCCAGGAGCUUACAAAUUACCGGCUUACAUGUCUAUACAUAUCAAGAUACCGACUAUGAAUAAAAAGAUGAGCGCGCCUCGCAUGCACCAAGCUGCGGCAUGGCCCUGUACGACGUGUGUGCGUGCUCUGUGUGAAGCAAGAGUUCAAGUAACCCUGACGCUGGGUAUGAAUAUGCCUUCAAUGUGAUUACAUCAGAGCAGUGAGCAUGCGCGUGGGUGUCUUUGUGCGCCGGCUGCGCACCGCGCUGUGAUGCGCUUGAAGUUGGAGGUCGAUCCUUGUGGCCACGGCGCAUGCAAGUUGCUGAGCUGGUUGGCGGCAGCAAUAGGAAGACGAAUGGCAGGUUCAGGGUGCCCAAGGUAACUUGGGAUUGCGCUGGUCUGCUCGCCAUGGUGUGCAUGGUGCGACUGCCCUGCGCGCGCCAGCGCGCGCAGCAUGUCCACUGCACAGGCUUAAUGCCUCUGCCAUGCGGCGGUUCGGCUUCGUGUGUUCGCGUGUGUCCUUGAACAGUCUUGCGGCGAUUAGUUGUGGGAUGACGGGCCCAGAGCGGGCAGGCGGACUCUGGGCCGUGCGGGUGCGUGGUGGUGCGUGCUGUGGCACGUACUGCUACCAACACCUUUGGCGGCUCCAGCAGCCGUUUGCACGAGCGGUCCCACCCGCUGUGAAGGCGGGGGGCUGCGGUCCUGCUUACUUGUGCCGCAAAGGCACCGAGUGCUCCUGUAACAACGGUGCACU